UCACUUGUAGAAGCCUACUUCGUAGCUAUAAGCGAGGCUUCUACUAUCUAGUAUCUACCCAAUCCAACAUGUCGCGUCUCCCCAUGUCAGUGUCCCACAGUCACUGCUGGCGAAGCUAGGAGGGCUGCCGGAAAUUGACAACGUCGCUAGGCGAGUCGUGAACGAUCGUCAACGUCGCCUGGCGAGUCGUCAGCGAUCAUUAGCUUCGCCCGGCGACUCAGUAGAGAUCGCUCAUCGCGUUCGUCGAUGGUGCUGCGAUGGACGACGGUGGAGCUGCGAAAUCUUUCCGCCCGUCCACGUCAGCACCGCGCAGCCGCCACGUCACCUUCUGGCUCGUCCAAGCCAUCCUGGGAAUCGCUCUGGUCGCCUGGGUCUCGCGCUCUCUGCUCUCAUCCUCCUUUGUGAAUUUCUCGUGCGAUCUGUCGGAUCACAUCAAUGCAACCCUACUAGACCAGCAAGAGCACAACGAGGAGGCAGCCAAAGCACUCGAGCAAGCCAUACGAGCCCUGAUGGUGGACAAGCCCCUGCCAGCUCUAGCCGAUGCUGCUGCCCGUGCUGCCUUCGUGCAGCUCCUGCUUCCCGCCCCCUUCCUCUCCUCCUUCUCCUCCUCCUCCUCCUCCAACCUCCCUUCCACAGUUUCCCCACCUCCGUUGUCCGACCCUGAUGCUCCCACUCCUGCCGAUCACACUCCCACUGCUUCUCAUCCAGACCCCACUACCGCCACUCCUCUGGAUAAUCACUCUCGUCUUGGUUCUCACUCCCGUUUGGAGGAUCACUCCGGGUGCGACACCUUCUGCGCUACCUGCAUACGUCCACUCAACUGCUCCCGCGUGCCCUCCCUCCCCUGCUCCUGCUGCCGCCGCCCCGACACCGCUGCCAACGUUGCUGACUUGGAGGGGGAUUCUGACGAUGGGGAUUCUGAUGGGGGGGGUCCUGGUGAUGGGGAUUUUGGUGGAAGUGCUUUUGGUUCAGAAGGCUUCGGUGCUGCGGCUGCAGGUGGUGGUGGUGGUGGUGGUGGAACAGAGGGUGCUGCUGCUGGGAACACUGGUGCUGUUGAAAGCAGCGGUGCUGAUACCAGUGCGUUUGGAGCAGAAGGUGACAAUAUGGGAGGGAGUGGAGGAGGUGUGACUGUAGGGGGAGCGCAGGGUGCGUCACAAUUGUGUGGGAUGCCGCCCAGGGUUCCUGAGAGUGUGGUGGGAGGAGGAGGGGAGGGGGGCGGGGAGGGGAGGAAGCCGGCAUGUGUUGAUGGCAUGGCGGCGGGCCGAUGGGUGAACUACACUUGGUGGGAGGCGGAUGACUGUGAAUACAGUGACUUCUCCGGUCCAGAGCUUCACAAGUGCCUCAAGGGCCAGUGGAUCCACUUCGUUGGCGACCAGACCUCUCGCACACUCUCCACCUUCCUCGCCAAGAAAAUGCGGAUUAAGAAAGUCGGCAUCAAGCCACCAGAGUAUUUGAGACCCCCUUCGCCAUCUUCCUCCUCCUUUGCUUCACCCUCCUCCUCCAAAUCUUCCUCCUCCUCCUCCUCCUCCUCCUCCUCCUCCUCCUCCUCCUCUCCUCCUCCUCCUCCUCCUCCUCUUCCUCGUCCGAAGUCCCAUCGGCGCCCUCUUCUUCGUCCUCUUCUACUCUUGUCUUGGAUGAAAAUACAGAGAAUACCCAACAGGACGAGCAAAGCUCCAGUAACAGAAGAAGGCUUGCUUCUAAUGAGGACGAUCCGGCCAAUGAAGACACGAGCAGCAGUAGUAGCAGCAGCAGCGGCGGCAGUGACUCUAGUGGUGGUCCAAUAAUCGACAGCAACGGAAGUGACAGUAAUGGGAGUGACAAUAACGGGAGUGACAGUGACGGAAGCGACAGUAACAAGAGUGGCAAUAACGGGAGUGGCAGUAACGAGGAGAGCACUGAGGCAGAGGAUGCAAGGGGAUGGCAGCCUGUAGAGAGGAGCGCCGAUCGCCCCGUGGUGUCUUACUUGUUCCGAGCCAAGAUGGCGCACCAACGAGCCCCUGCACCAGGGGAUUCACCAAAAGAUGAUGUCAACGAUUUCUUCUUCGAGGGCCUACAGGACCCUGCAGCGGAUAGACCAGACGUGCUUAUAAUGAGUAUGGGGGUGCACGAGGUGUUUGGGUGGUCGGGGCGGCCGCGCGUGAAGCUCAACCUGACUGCUUUUAAAGAGGAUACCGAGGAGCUGCUGGGAAAGGUUCAGGGCAGCUUCCCAGAGCAGAGAGUUAUAUGGUGGAAAGCGCAUUACAUCCAACAAGGCAAGAUUAGGGGAGAGCAAUUAUUUACGAUUCGGCGAUACCACAGCCGCUACCAGCGCCACGCUGCCUCCCGCUUCGCUGCUACUGGGCACUCGGUUGCGGACUUCUACUCCACUACUAGGACCAGGAGCGAGGCUUGUAGAGGGGAUGGAGUGAACUAUGACUCGGAAGUGGUUUGGCAACAUGUGAAGAUUCUUGCGCAUAUGCUGUGUUACAAACAUGGUAACAAGAGAUAAGGAUGUGAGGAACGUUUUCUGUUGCGAAAAGCCCUCAAUAAAACGAUCGUGUUCAAAAAAAAAAAAAAAAAAAAGCAA